CGUUACGUAACUUUCCUUAGGUUAGUCUGUAGUUAUGAAACCGUCUGUAACCUCCCCACGUUCUACACAUUGGUCCAAGCCAGCCCCGCCCCCGUGUACUCCAGUCCGCCAGAUAGAUAGGGCCGCGCGCCUCCUUGGACUACAUUUCCCUGCGUGCACUGGGUCGAUCGGACUGCACUACGAGCGGCCUCGGGGGAGAUCCCCAAGAGAAGGUCGGGGGGUGGGAAUAAUGAGGGCUCUGUACAGACUGGCAGCUGUCGGUCUCGCAUCCUCUGGGGUCUUUUUGUAUGGGAGGCCUUAUUGGGACCCCAACGACUUUGGGCUGGUGCGGAUAGGAAGAGCGGUUGUGACGACGACAGCCAUUACCAUCGAUUACCUCACACACCUGCGCCAUGUUCCGCCGGGCACCCCGGAGUACGAUGACAUCAAGUCUCAGGUUCAUUUGCGCUCAGCUCACCGUUUGCUGGAUUUGUGUUGUGCCAACCGUGGGACGUUCAUCAAGGUUGGGCAGCACCUUGGCGCUCUGGAGUAUCUGCUGCCCCCCGAAUACACCCAGACCCUGAGUAUACUGCACAGCCAGGCUCCCCCCACCCCGCUGCCUGAAGUGUUACGGGUCGUUCGCGAGGAGCUGGGUAAAGAGAUCUCCGAACUUUUCCUUCGUUUUGAUGAGACCCCGUUGGGAGCGGCCUCUCUGGCGCAGGUUCACCGCGCUGUGCUGGCGGAUGGGCGGACGGUGGCUGUGAAGGUUCAGCACCCGAAGGUGCAGUCCCAAAGCGCCAAGGACAUUUUCCUAAUGGAGGUCCUGCUGCACGUAGUAAAGAAGGUCUUCCCGCGGUUUGAGUUCAUGUGGCUCGUGGAGGAAGCAAAGAAGAAUCUUCCUCUGGAGCUGGACUUCCUGAACGAGGGCCGCAAUGCGGAACGAGUGUCUGCCAUGGUCUCGCGGUUCCCAUUCCUAAAGAUUCCUAAAAUUCACUGGGACCUGAGCACGCCGCGCGUUCUGGUGAUGGAGUACGUGGAAGGGGGCCAGGUCAAUAACCGGGAAUACAUGGAGCGGAACCGGAUAGAUGUGGAUCAGGUCUCUCGCGCUCUGGGGCAGUUAUACAGCGAGAUGAUUUUCGUCCAUGGGUUUGUGCACUGUGACCCCCAUCCAGGGAAUGUUCUGGUCCGACUGAACCAAGACACCAACAGCCCGGAGAUCAUCCUGCUGGACCACGGCCUGUAUCAGGUAUUAACCGACCGCUUUCGAUUGGAUUAUUGCCGCCUCUGGCAGGCGCUGAUUGGUGCGAACAUGGAGGGAGUGCGCAAGUACAGCCAGCGGCUGGGAGCGGGAGAGAUGUACGGGCUCUUUGCAUGCAUGCUGACCGCCCGCUCCUGGGACUCUGUGAACCGGGGCAUAAAGAAGAGUCCCGCUAGCACAGGAGAGGUGCAAGAGAUCCGCAGUAAUGCUGCUGCCUAUCUCCCCGAGAUCAGCCAGCUCCUCUCCAGAGUCCCGCGUCAAAUGCUUCUCCUUCUCAAGACCAACGACCUCCUGCGUGGUAUUGAGACGUCGCUUCACACCAACGCUGGCUCCAGCUCGUUUCUCAGCAUGUCUCGCUGCUGCGUGCGAGCCGUCGCAAGGUAUCACAAGGAGACGGCGGCCUCUGUGUGGUCUUACGCUCGCGUCUCUCUUUCCGAGUGCCUGUAUUUGGGAAAACUUCAAAUAUAUGAAUUGGUUCUUCGAGCGCGAGCCUCUGUGGUGGGGCGCUGGUUCCACCGCGUGCUGGACUGGGUCUCUCUGUGUUCGCACUGA